UCCUAUUAGAAGACGGAACUCCUUGUAUUUUUCCUUGAAUGUAGCUAAUAAUUACAUCGUGAUUAAAUACUUACAUUUCACUUAAUUUUUCUGUACUAUGAAGAAUGGAAUGCGAACAUUUGUUAGAUAACGUCAAAUUGGAACAAAUCAAAGUCGAAGACACAAAAAUCACAAAGAACUUCAGUUGUUCAGAAUGUUCAGUACCAGAACAGAACUGGCUUUGCCUACAUUGUGGUGCGGUGAACUGUGGUCGUUAUGUAAAUGGCCAUGCGAAGAACCAUGCUGACACACUUGGACACCAGCUUUGCAUUAGCUGUGAUGCUUAUUCUGUAUAUUGUUACAAAUGUGAUGAUUACAUUAUAAAUGAUACUGAGAACCAUAUAGAUACAAUAAGGCAAUGUAUUAUACGGAUUAGGCAACAAAAUGAUGAAAAACAAGACAGCACAGAAAAGCACGAAGAUAGCAGACAAGAUAAUGAUGACUGUGAUGCCAAUAUACCUGGUUUGGGCACUGCUUCAGAUGAUAUAGUGCUCAAUGUUAUUGAAGGAGAUAUAGCAGUGCAACCAACAAGCUCUUCUUUAGAUCCUCACAGUACAGAAAUUGAAAACUGUGAUAGUAAAUUUGAUAAAUGUAUUAAGGGGACUGAAGAAUCUAUACGAAGUCUUAGACCAAGAUCGAGGAAGAGAACUCAUUCCGAGGACAGUAGCUCAACUGAAAACUCAUUACAGAUAAACAGAAAAGAUAAAAAACGAUCGCCUUCUAAUGGAAAGCUUCAGAGAGAAAAAAAAGUUGUAGGAUUAAAGAAUUUAGGCAACACAUGUUUCAUGAAUGCAGUUCUUCAGAGUCUGAACAAUAUACAAGAAUUUAGUUGUUAUUUCAAUCAAUUACCUUCUUUGGAGAUGAAGGCUAAUGGCAGGAAGGUGUAUCAUUCAAGGAGUUAUACACGACAGGAGAUGAAUGAUGUUGUAAUGGCUGAAGAACUCCGUAAGGUGUUGAUAAAUCUCAAUACUGGUGGAUGCGGUUCGAAGGGUGCUAUUUCACCGGAGUGCUUGUUCCUUGUGAUCUGGAAGGUGGUACCGAGGUUUAGGGGUUAUCAGCAGCAGGACGCACAUGAGUUUCUCAGAUACAUGCUGGACAGAUUACACACGGAGCUGUUGCAACUGCUGCCCCCCGAGAAGCCAGAGCCCGGGUUCGUGGCGCGGCCUCCGUCGGCGUCCAUCGUCACCGCCGUGUUCGGGGGAACGUUGCAGAGCGAGGUUCGUUGCUUGGCGUGCGGCACGGAAAGCAAGAAGUACGACCCUUUCUUAGAUCUCUCACUGGAAUUACCAGAAGUCGGAAGAAAUGAUACGCCCGUCGCUCUUUCGGAUUGUCUCGCCAGCUUUGUACAGGUCGAGGAGUUGGCCGACACGGAGCGGUACUUCUGCAGCAGCUGCAAAUGUAAGCAGAAGUCCACUAAGCAGUUCUGGAUUCGGAGGUUGCCGAACGUUUUGUGUCUACAUUUGAAAAGGUUUCGGUGGCACAAUUAUUUCAGGACCAAGGUGGACACUUCGAUCUCGUUCCCGCUGCGCGCGCUGGACGUGUCCCGCUUCGUGCGCGACGUGCGGCGCGCCGAGCACGACGCGCUGCUGUACGACCUCGCCGCCGUCAUCGUGCACCACGGCUCCGGGGCCGGGUCUGGUCACUACACCGCGUUCGCUAUUAACGAGGAGCAGUGGUUCCACUUCAACGACCACACGGUGCGCGCCGCGGACUCGCACGCCGUCGCCAGCUGCAAGCCCUACAUACUCUUCUACAUCCGCAGGGAACUGUCGCUGUGACACCGAUACCGACCUCAAUACUCACAAUUUUGACCCUCGUACACUCAGAUUAGUCUGUAAUGGUGUAAUCAAGAAGGGUAUAAUUAAAAUAAAUUGGGACCUGAGAUACAAAUGGCUGACUCUAAGUGAAUGGAGUGACAGAGAAGGGACAAGACAAAAAAAAGUUUGAGAAUCUAUGUUCAAAGGUCAUUGCUCCCUGUAAUAAUUAAGAUUGUAAACACUGUAUGAUCGUAGUGUUGCCAACUUUUAUUUUAUACAGCGCGCUCAAAGAUCGUUACAAGUAGCUUAAAAUAUAUAAAAUAAAAUGGCUGUUAGGUAUGUAUGUAUGCUCCCGUGACCUGUGUGCAAGUUUCUUGGGCUCUGUCCUUUUGACUUUUAUUAUAAUAUGUACAUGGAAGGCUCCAUGAAGGUCGCUGCUAUUAAAAUCUACUGAAUUGCAAAUAUGCAUUAUUCUAUGCAUAUAUCGACUAGUAAUUUUUUUUAAAAAACCUCAUUCUCAAAACACGUUUAUAAAUUUUAUAAAAUCGUAAUUCUCAUCACGCAUUCGUUUUUGGGAGUGAUUUUUGCAAAUGAGUAUCCGAAAUAAUUUUUUGUAACGUAAUAAAAUAUUUUUAGUCUAAACAAUGAAUUAUGUCAGCCUUUUUUUAACAAGAUGUUUUCUAUUUUUUUAUUAAUUCGCAAUAGGUCAAAAUAAGUUUCGUGUUUUUUAUUUUCUCGCAAAUGAGGUUGUGUUUUCGAUUGUGAA